AUGUCUCUCCCCUCUUCGCCAGCACCAUGUUAUCAGCCAGACAAAGUGUUUCAAUCCAAGGUCAAACUGAGUAAUAGAGCAUUGGACGUUAUCUCGUCUGUAGAUCAUAGCAAUGUGCUUCGAAGAGUCGCAUCCGUGCCGAAUACCACAGAUUAUUUCUCCAGCAGCAUUAGCAGCAGCAGCUCCAGUAACUCGACGCUAGACGAUCUCGCUCCACCAGCACCACCACUGCCGCUGCAAGUGCACUCGACACCAUCAUCACCACGUCCCUCGCUUCGAUCUUCCUACUCGCUUCAAAAGGACACUGUGCAAGUAGGGCCCACUGAUUUUGAAAAGGUUAGAUUGUUGGGUAAAGGUGACGUUGGGAGAGUCUAUCUGGUCAAACACAAGGAAACCAAAAAGCUGUACGCUUUGAAAGUGUUAUCGAAAAAGGAAAUGAUUAAAAGAAACAAGAUCAAGCGAGCCAUGGCAGAACAGGCCAUCUUAUCCACAGCAAAUCAUCCUUUCAUUGUGCCUUUGUAUCACUCAUUUCAGAGCAACCAGUAUCUGUAUUUUUGCAUGGAGUUUUGUGUGGGUGGUGAGUUCUUUCGAGCUCUGCAGAAUAGACCUGGCCGAAUCCUCAAAGAGAAUGACGCUAAAUUCUAUGCUGCUGAAGUGGUAGCAGCAUUGGAGUACCUGCAUCUGAUGGGCAUUGUGUUUAGGGAUCUCAAGCCAGAGAAUAUUUUACUACAUGAAUCUGGCCAUUUGAUGUUAUCUGAUUUCGAUCUUUCUAUACAAUCACCUUCAGCAGCUCCACCCACUCUUGUACAACCUAAUUCCCCAUUUUCGCGGCAACCUAUGCUGGAUACCAGAUCAUGCAUGAACCUCAGGACCAACUCGUUUGUUGGCACAGAAGAAUACUUGGCUCCAGAGGUGAUAAGAGGAAAUGGCCAUACAAGCACAGUCGAUUGGUGGACAUUGGGUAUAUUAGUAUACGAAAUGAUUUGCGGAUACACACCCUUCAAAGGGCCCACUCGAGACGACACAUUUGAACUGAUCCUCAGCCAAUCCGUUGAAUUUCCAGAUUACUCCAGCAAUCCUUAUUAUCGUGGGCCUGGAUUAUCCAGCCAUUGCAAAUCAUUCAUUCGAAAACUUUUGACCAAGAACGAAAAGAAACGUUUAGGAGCUCGCGCUGGCGCAAGUGAAGUCAAAUCGCAUUCAUUCUUCAAAUCCAUCAAUUUUGCAUUACUACGAAACAUGAAACCACCCAUUAUACCAAACAAGGACAAUCCCAUCCGUUGUAUCCACUUUAAUCGUCUCAAAGAAAGUAUCAGUUUUGACUUGAAUAUCGAUGAUAAGCAUCAGAACACCUUAUCACCACCCUCACAGCAGGAACACAAUCCCACGACACCACCACCAACAGAUGACGAUGAUGAUCCUUUUGUAUCAUUUAAUUCAGUCACCAUUCAUAGGUAA